AAGAAGGGUUCCUUGACAGAGAGCACAAGCCUGAACUUGAGAAAGGCAGACAGGGUGAAGGGGAUAUAGUGAAGGAAUUACGCAAAGAUGAAGCUGUUACUUGCAAGUAUAACUGUGAGCCUGCUAGUGCUGAGCCUGCUAGUGCUGGGAGGGGAGAGCUGGGGAUUCUCUUCAGAGAAGAAGGUGCAGUAUGCCUCCUGGGAUGAAGUAAAUGUACUAGCUCAUGGGUUGCUCCAGUUAGGUCAUGGGCUCAAAGAACAUGUGGACAAGACCAAGGGGCAGCUGAAGGAGAUCAGUGGCAAGCUAGUACAGCACAAUGUGUCCUUGCUGGAGCUAAGCAGGCAAGCCAGUGAAGUGCGGGAGAGUGGGGAGGUGCUGAAGGGAAGGUUGCAGGAGCUGGAGGAUAAGGACAAGCAGCUGUAUGAUGUGUCCCAGGGGCUGAAAGGAAAGGUGCAGGAGAUCAGUAAAGACAGACAGCUCCUGGAGCACAGGCUGCAGAAUAUGGAGGCCAAGAUCCAGCUGCUGGAGCCAAGCAAGAGGCAGAAUCGCAGUGAAAAAGAGGACCUGCUGAGCAUCCAGACUUUAAUGGAGAUUCAAAGCAAGAGGAUUGAUGAGCUUUUAGAGAAGAUUAAACUGCAGCAAUACAAACUGGAUAAACAAAAUUUGCAAAUUAAAAGCUUACAAAAUACAAUUCAGAGUAACAGACUUGAAACUCAGACAUGGAAGAUGAACCUUAAAAAAACUGUUGAAGAUGAAGCUCAGAGUAACAGUAGCACAGAAGAAGGAAAACAUGUGUUCCCUUCUGACUGUCACCAAAUCUUCUUAGAAGGAAAAAAGUCCAGCGGAAUCUUCUCAAUACAGCCUUCUGGUGCUCAACCUUUUGAAGUCUAUUGUGAAAUGACAGCCGACGCAGGCUGGACUGUUACACAGAGACGUACUGAUGGCUCUGUUGAUUUUGAUCGGCUCUGGGAUGCUUACACAGAUGGUUUUGGAAACCUAAAUGGAGAGUUCUGGCUGGGACUAGAAAAGAUGCACCAGAUUACUCAGCAGGGACAGUAUCUCAUACACAUUGAUCUCCAGGACUGGGAAAAUAAUGUCCAACACAUGGAAGCAAAGUUUCUACUGGCUGGUUCUAAUGAAGCCUAUGCUCUUCAGCUUCUUGGCCCAGUGACUGGGGAACUAGAAAAUGCGCUAAGUGACUUUCAACAACUACAAUUCUCUACUCGUGACAGAGAUCAAGACAAAAAAUCUGAUUUUAACUGCGCCAAACACCUUUCAGGAGGAUGGUGGUUUAGCUCAUGCGGCCAUUCUAACCUUAAUGGGAAAUAUUUUCUCUCAGUACCCCGAGCAAGGCAUGAGAGGAAACAAGGGAUAUUCUGGAAGACCUGGAAGGGCCGAUACUACCCCCUGAAGUCUACCUCUAUCAAAAUCCGUCCUGUUGAUACAGACCUUACUGUGUGAACACUGAUCACCUGAAAGCAACCAAGUUGAAACUGAUUCAAAAACUAAAAACUGUUGAACAUCACCAAUAGGGUGUUUUUUAUUGCUGACAGUUGUCCACAGUUGUCAAUUAGCGUGGAAUACUAUGAGCUGGUCAGCUGUAUACUUGCUGAAAGCUUUGAACAGCUAGUUAAUAGUAACAUUAGGCUAGUAAACAGUAGACAGAUUAACGUUACUGAGGGGCAGCACUUACUUUUUUUAUGCCCACAGUACAAUUACAUUUUACUUUUGAAUUUUUACUUUGUUCUGUUUACAGAUUCUACAUCUAUUCUAUGCCAAAAUGUAUUGCUACAAAUGCUCAAUAGAGCUUUAUUUUUGGGGGGGAUCAAAAUGUAGACUGCAUGUGUGCCAUCCUACUGCACCCAAAUCUGGCCUGAGUUAUACAUUUUUAAAUCAGGUAUUGAUUAGACUGAUACUGAUUAUUGCACUAAUUAUAUUGUGUACUGUUUUUUACACUUUAAAGAGGAUGUUAAUAGAAAAAUGGAGGACUCCAGAUAAUAUUAAAAAAAAAAAUAUCCGCAAUACACUGCAGGUAUGAGGGGACAAUGCUCAUUCCAUUCUCUUCAAAUGCAGACAGGUACUACAGAUCAGGCCACUAUAGGUCAAUAAGCUGUCCGUCUUCUGUUAGGUGGAUAAAUACUGAUUUGUUUCUUGCAUAGAAAAUGCAAACAUUUGCUUUUUAUAGCUGCUCAUUUGGGAGAUUUCUGGUAAAAAAAGAUUUUGCUAAAUCAGUUCUACUUAGUUCACUGUGUGCAAAAUAAAGUCCUUGCAGGUUUAUGCAAAGAUGUUACACUUAAAGAAUAUCUUACAGCCUGAACAAGGUUCAUAUAUUCCAGUCAUAUUGACUGAUUUACAACGGUGACCAAAAACGUUGAACAAUGUAAAUAUUUUGUGUUUUUUUAAUGCAAUCUGUUGUUAAAUGUGUCUGUAUAUUUAAAUAAUUGUAAUUUAUAAAACAAAAGUAUUCAAAGUUUCAUUUUAACAUUUUUUAUUUGUUCAUUUUUCUUUGGUUAUCAAAUAAACAUUCAAAAGCCCAGCUUUUUGAAUAAGA